GGUGGCAAUCAGGGCCGGCCCAGGCGGCUGCGCCGCUUCCAGCUCUAUGCUGCCGCCGCGGUCCUGUUGCGCUGUCGCUGCUGCAGCCGCCACCCGGGUCCCUUCGGCCGUGCCUCUGCGUGGGGGCUGACUCUUCGGCUCCGGUCGCAGACACCAUGUACGGAUUUGUGAAUCACGCGCUGGAGCUGCUGGUGAUCCGCAAUUACGGCCCGGAGGUGUGGGAAGACAUCAAAAAAGAGGCACAGUUAGAUGAAGAAGGACAGUUUCUUGUCAGAAUAAUAUAUGAUGAUUCUAAAACUUACGAUUUGGUUGCUGCUGCAAGCAAAGUCCUCAAUCUCAAUGCUGGAGAAAUCCUCCAAAUGUUUGGGAAGAUGUUUUUUGUCUUUUGUCAAGAAUCUGGUUAUGAUACAAUCUUGCGUGUCCUGGGAUCUAAUGUCAGAGAAUUUCUACAGAAUCUUGAUGCUCUGCAUGACCACCUCGCUACUAUCUACCCAGGUAUGCGUGCGCCUUCCUUUAGGUGCACUGAUGCAGAAAAGGGCAAAGGACUCAUUCUGCACUACUACUCAGAGAGAGAAGGACUUCAGGAUAUUGUCAUCGGAAUCAUCAAAACGGUAGCUCAACAAAUACAUGGCACUGAAAUAGACAUGAAGGUUAUUCAGCAAAGAAAUGAAGAAUGUGAUCAUACUCAAUUUUUAAUUGAGGAAAAAGAGUCAAAAGAAGAAGAUUUUUAUGAAGAUCUUGAUAGAUUUGAAGAAAACGGUACCCAGGAAUCACGCAUCAGCCCGUAUACCUUCUGCAAAGCUUUUCCUUUCCACAUAAUAUUUGACCGGGACCUGGUGGUUACUCAGUGUGGCAAUGCCAUAUAUAGAGUGCUUCCCCAGCUCCAACCUGGGAACUGCAGUCUGUUGUCUGUCUUCUCUCUGGUUCGUCCUCAUAUUGACAUUAGUUUCCAUGGGAUCCUUUCGCACAUCAAUACAGUUUUUGUAUUGAGAAGCAAGGAAGGACUGUUGGAUGUAGAGAAAUUAGAAUGUGAGGAUGAGCUGACUGGGACUGAGAGCAGCUGCUUACGUCUCAAGGGGCAGAUGAUCUACUUACCUGAAGCCGAUAGCAUCCUUUUUCUGUGUUCACCAAGUGUGAUGAACCUGGACGAUCUGACAAGGAGAGGUCUGUACCUAAGUGACAUCCCUCUGCAUGAUGCCACGCGCGAUCUCGUUCUUUUGGGAGAACAAUUCAGAGAGGAAUACAAACUGACCCAAGAACUGGAAAUCCUCACAGAUAGGCUGCAGCUCACAUUAAGAGCCUUGGAAGAUGAAAAGAAAAAGACAGACACGCUGUUGUAUUCUGUCCUCCCUCCAUCCGUUGCCAAUGAGCUGAGACACAAGCGUCCAGUGCCUGCCAAGAGAUAUGACAACGUGACCAUCCUCUUCAGUGGCAUUGUGGGCUUCAAUGCCUUCUGUAGCAAGCAUGCAUCUGGAGAAGGGGCCAUGAAGAUUGUAAACCUGCUCAAUGACCUCUACACCAGAUUUGACACACUGACUGACUCCCGGAAAAAUCCAUUUGUUUAUAAGGUGGAGACAGUUGGUGAUAAGUAUAUGACAGUGAGUGGUUUACCAGAGCCAUGCAUCCACCAUGCACGAUCCAUUUGCCACCUGGCCUUGGAUAUGAUGGAAAUUGCUGGCCAGGUUCAAGUAGACGGAGAAUCUGUUCAGAUAACAAUAGGGAUACACACUGGAGAAGUAGUUACUGGUGUCAUAGGGCAGAGGAUGCCUCGAUACUGUCUUUUUGGAAAUACUGUUAACCUCACAAGCAGAACAGAAACCACUGGAGAAAAGGGAAAAAUAAAUGUGUCUGAAUACACAUACAGAUGUCUUAUGACACCAGAAAACUCAGAUCCACAAUUCCAUUUGGAGCACAGAGGCCCAGUGUCCAUGAAGGGUAAAAAAGAGCCGAUGCAAGUUUGGUUUCUAUCCAGAAAAAAUACAGGAACAGAGGAACCAGCACAAGAUGAUAACUGAAUUUCAGACUGUGGGAUGACGGGGACCGCAGAAUGGGCUCCAGUUGUCCCCUGUCACACACCAAGCAAUUAUUCCCUGUGGAUACAGAUUUCGCUUUGUCCUUUGCAAUGGCCCCAAGCCUUUCUCUUAGGCAUAGCUUUCAUAUUCGUUAUUCAACCUUUGCUCUGCUUUUGGUAAUUUUCAAGGUUUAGUAUAUUACCUAAAGUUUGGCUUUAGAUGUGGAUAAUGUGAAUUUCAUGUGUCUUAAGAUCUACUACAAGCAUUACUUAACAUGGUAAUUUGCAAGUGGUAGGCACCCAAUAAGUAGUUGUUGAAUUUAAUUAAAUGACACUGAACAGUAUUUGGUCAUGUGUACAUAUCAUAUCAUGGUUUGCCAAAUCUGUUUAGUGUUCCAUGUAUAUGUAUAUGUAUAUUUUAAUGACUAUAAUAACAUAUAACAAAGUUUAUAUCGUGUUGGUGUACAUCAUCAUAGAAACCAUUUUCUAAAAGAGUGAAUUCUAACUUUUAGGGGAAAAAAUGCAAUUUAUUUUCAGAUUCCCAAAAUAAGAAUUAAUAUACCAUGCUAAGAAAAUAAUGAGUAUUUUGAACUGUGCUAAUUUUUCUUCAAAAAUAUAGGAUGCGCAUUUCUGUUCUUAAAAUAUUUGGUUGCUCACCCAAAUCAUGUGGCAUUAUAAUUCCUCUAAAAUUCUGUAGUUUGUACUAUAUCCCUUGCAUUCAAUCCCUUUAACAACAUGUUAUAAAAAGUUGCACUGUUUCACCGUGAGCUAUUACAUUAGCUUGAGAUAAAUGUCAGGGCUCUAACCACAUCUGAGAAUAAAAUUGGAAGUGCUACUGGGAUACUCCUGUAAAAGCCAUUUCUGGCCAUUUAUUUCCAGAAAUGAGCUUCUUUUUCUUAGCUUGGAAGAAUGUGGUUAUAUCCAGGCCAUCAGGUUCAGAAAAGUUAACUUUAAUUUUGACAUAGAAUGCAUCCCUAUUGGAAUAAUUGGCCUGUUGUUCUUAAAUAAUUUAUUAAUAUCUACCUUUAUAAAAUAUAGUGCAACUACAUUUGUGUAAGAGUGUUUGUCUUUAAAUUUAGUAUUUUGUAUCAGCACAACGAUACUGUACAAAUGUUCCAUGUUCCUGUGUAAGAAAAUCUGCAAUAAAUUAUUUUUUCCACUUG